AUGGAGUCAGGUGGGGGGGCCUCAACCCCUCCAGGACCUGUUGCUGCUGUGGGGGCAGCAGAUGCUGUGCCUGGAAGCUCCUCUCUGGGGAAGCUCCAAGAGCUCCCCAUUGGGCCCUGUGCCCAUGGGGACCCUGGCAGCCUGGCUGCUUCAGGGCAUGGACCUCUGGACACUGGCCCUGUGGGGGAGCCAAGCAGUGACAUGAAGAUCCCCAACCGGGACAGUGGGAUCGACAGCCCUUCCUCCAGCGUGGCUGGGGAGAACUUCCCCUGUGAAGAGGGCUGUGAGGCUGGCCUGGGCCCCGCCAUGCUGGGGCUGCACCCUGAGACAGCUCCGGACAGCCAGGCCCCGAAGGAUGCCCCUCAGGAAGAGGCUGACAGUGACGUGGACAAAGAGCCGGACUCUGAGAACACCUCCCUGAGGGCUGAAGAGGACAAGGGGCUCUCCCUGUGCUCCGACCCACAGAAGCUGCUCCAUAUUGCCCAGGAGCUCCUGCACACUGAGGAGACCUAUGUGAGGCGGCUGCACCUGCUGGACCAGGUUUUCUGCACCAGGCUGAUGGAAGCAGGGAUCCCUGCAGAAGUCACCACAGGCAUCUUCUCUAACAUCUCCUCCAUCCACCGUUUCCACGGGCAGUUCCUGCUGCCUGAGCUGCAGACGCGGAUCACAGAGGAGUGGGACACGAACCCCCGGCUUGGGGACAUCCUGCAGAAGCUGGCCCCAUUCCUGAAGAUGUACGGCGAGUACGUCAAGAACUUCGACAGGGCCGUAGGGCUGGUGAGCACGUGGACUGGGCGCUCGCUGCUGUUUAAAGACGUCGUCCACAGCAUCCAGAAGCAAGAGGUGUGCGGGAACCUGACGCUGCAGCAUCACAUGCUGGAACCCGUGCAGAGGGUCCCCCGAUAUGAGCUGCUGCUCAGGGACUAUCUGAAGAGGCUCCCGGGGGAUGCCCCAGAUCGGAAGGAUGCAGAGAGGUCUCUGGAGCUCAUCUCCACAGCCGCCAACCACUCCAACGCUGCCAUUCGGAAAAUGGAGAAAAUGCACAAGCUCUUAGAGGUAAACGAGCAACUGGGCGGGGAGGAGGACAUUGUCAACCCGGCCAAUGAGCUGAUCAAGGAAGGCCACAUCCAGAAGCUGUCAGCCAAGAACGGCACGGCCCAGGACCGCCACCUCUUUCUGUUCAACAGCAUGGUCCUGUACUGCGUGCCCAAGCUGCGGCUCAAGGGCCAGAAGUUCAGUGUCCGGGAGAAGAUGGACAUCUCAGGCCUCCAGGUGCAGGAUAUUGUCAAGCCAAACCCAGGACACACGUUCAUCAUCACAGGGAGAAAAAGAUCCCUGGAGCUGCAGACUCGGACAGAAGAAGAGAAGAAAGAAUGGAUUCAGGUCAUCCAGGCCACCAUCGAGAAGCACAAGCAGAACAGUGAGACCUUCAAGGCCUUCAGCGGGACCUUCAGCCAGGACGAGGACCCCGGCCUCCCCCCAGACCCGCCUGUGGUGAGUGCAAGCUCCAUGGAGUCCACAGGGGCAGCUGAUGGCGGCAGGAGUGCCACAGGGCUUGACUCCAGAAAACUAUCCUCUAAGACCAGACGUGACAAGGAGAAGCAAAGCUGUAAGAGCUGUGGUGAGACCUUCAACUCCAUCACCAAGAGGAGACACCACUGCAAGCUGUGUGGGUCGGUCAUCUGUGGGAAGUGCUCCGAGUUCAAGGCCGAGAACAGCAGGCAGAGCCGCAUGUGUAGAGAGUGCUUCCUGAUGCAGCCAGGGUCCCCUCAGAGCACAGAGAAGCCGCCCACUGCUGACCCCCAGCCCAGCCUGCUGUGUGGCCCCUUGCAGCUGCUGGGCACUGGUGAGGCCUACAGUAAGGUGUGGGCCACCAUCCCCACCUCAGACCCCCAGGUGCUGCACCCACAGGGAGACAACCAGGAUGGCCAGCCACCUACCAUCCCUCUCCCCGACAACAUGGUGAGCGUGCUGGGCCCUGAGCAGAGGCUGGACUCGGGUGUGUGGAAGCUGCAGCGAGCCCACCAGUCUGGGAACCUGAGCAGCCCCUCCACGGAGCUGCAGCUGAUGCUGGAGGCCCUGAGCACCGCUGCCCACAAGGACACAGCCCAGGACAGCCCAAGGUCCUGCAGCCCCAGGCCCCAGCUGCUCCGUGAGCUGAGCCUCUCACUGCCCUUCGCACUUCCAGGUUAA